AUGGCGUAUGUGGAUAACGUUAGCCAAUUGAGUGCUUUGGCUAUAAAUCGUAAUUGGUUACGUCUUGGAAGUGGAAUCGUAGUAACAACUAGAGAUUUGACUGCAAUAAAGUCACUUCAAGUAGAUGUGGCGAAUAAGCUUGAAAGGUUGAAUAGGGAGGAAUCACUUCAACUCUUCAGUUUCCAUGCCUUUAGAAGAGACUGUCCCCUAGAAGGUUAUGAGAGCCUCUCUGACGUAGUAGUGUGUUAUGCGAAUGGACUUCCUUUACUUUUUACAACUUUAGGUCCUUUAUUGUCGGGUAAAGCGGUACCUAAAUGGCAAGCUCAAUUGGAGAAGUUGAAAAAGAUUCCUGAUCCUAAAGUUCAAGAUAUACUAAGGCAGAGCUUUGACUCACUUGAUGAUACACAGAAGGGUUUAUUCCUGGAUAUCGCAUGUUUUUUUUGCAGUGUUGAUACUCGCAAUAAAUUUACGGGCCACCUCUUGGCUGCUUUGGAUCGGCAUGGUUUUAACACAUUCAGAGAUGACACUAAACUCAGAAGAGGAGAAGAAAUUGGUCCCGGAUUGCUCAAAGCAAUUGAGCAAUCUAGAAUUUCGGUUAUUGUAUUCUCGGAAAAUUAUGCUUCUUCAAAAUGGUGCCUUGAUGAGCUUGUAAAGAUUCUGAAUUGCAAGGAGGAACUCAAUCGGAUUGUUAUUCCAAUCUUCUAUGACAUCUAA